UUCUAACGUCGUUACCCCGAAAGGUGCGCUCCCUCUCUCGUUGUUUCUGUUUCCCCCGAGUUUCCCUGCUCCAUUCUCCUCCCCAUUUCCCUCCUCGUCAUCAUCUUCAGGGAUCUCUCCCCGUUCCCAUUGAUUUGUUUAGUUUUAGUUUUCUUUGUGCAUAUAAAUUCUACUCCUUGUUAGUUCAUUUGAUUCUUCUUUCUUUUAGAUCUGUACUGGUAAGUGUGUCUAAAACUCCUCCUCCAUUGAUGACUUUCUUCAUGUGUCGCCCUUUUGUUUUUGUUUUCACUGUGAUAAGUGCUGACAUGGCAAGUUAAAAUUGAGUGUUUUACUGGGUUUUCUUUUUUUUUUUUUCCGGGCGGCGGGUUUUUGGUAAGUUAUCAUUGGGAUUUGUGAAUUAGGAUAGAUCCACGGGGUAUUUUGGUGGAGGGCUUAUUGGAUCUGAAUUCGGGAUCGCUUCUGGUUUCUAGAUCUGAUAUGAGAUUGUUAAUGGCGGCUGUACAUGUUUUUAAGCCUGUCAGCAUUGCGAUUCACCUGCAUGUGUCCCAUAUCCAUCCUGUUCCCCAUCGUAGAUUUUCCAUAAAGUUGGUAGAUCUUGGUGGCUCCUUUUUCUGUUUCGAAGUUUACUAUACUAGAUUCCUCACUGCCUUGUACUAAUAACAAGCAUUAGCGAUUCAAUUUUGUCGAUUUCGUUUAGAUGUUUGCUAAACUAUAAGUCCAACCCACUACCCGUGUUCUUUGACAUGUUUGAAUGCCAUGUGAUCUUUUAUAGUGGGGAUUUAUCUGGCAGUUAUCAAUUGAUGAAUAUUUUUCGUUGAAUGAAUGUUUAGUAGUAUGCUAUGGGUGUUUGUUUUUGGGUAGCAUACAUGAUGUAAUGUGGGGGUGCGUUUGGAAAUGUUUGUUUAUGCUGAUGUAUUGAAUGAUUUUGUUUAGGCUAUAAAACUCAUCUAAUUUGGAUUUUACGUUGACGUGCAUAUUGAUCUAAUUGUGAAUUGAGACUGGGAUUAAUUCUUCUGUUCUGUUUCAUUUGAUGAUCCAGAGCAAUGGCCUCCCACAUUGUUGGAUAUCCCCGUAUGGGACCCAAGAGAGAACUCAAAUUUGCUUUGGAAUCUUUCUGGGACAAGAAGAGCACCGCCGAGGAGUUGGAGAAGGUGGCUGCUGACCUCAGAGCUGACAUCUGGAAGCAGAUGUCCAGUGCUGGCAUCAAGUACAUCCCCAGCAACACCUUCUCAUACUAUGAUCAGGUUCUCGAUACUAUUGCAAUGCUCGGUGCUGUUCCACCAAGAUACAACUGGACCGGUGCUGAAAUCGGGUUUGACACUUACUUCUCCAUGGCCAGAGGAAAUGCCUCUGUCCCUGCCAUGGAAAUGACCAAGUGGUUUGACACCAACUACCAUUUUAUUGUUCCUGAAUUGGGACCUGAUGUCAAGUUCACUUACGCUUCCCACAAGGCAGUUAAUGAAUACAAGGAGGCCAAGGCGCUUGGAGUUGAAACUGUUCCAGUUCUUGUUGGACCAUUUACUUUCUUGAGCUUGUCCAAACCUGCAAAGGGUGUUGACAAGACUUUCCCUAAACUUAGCCUUCUUGACAAGAUCCUUCCGGUUUACAAGGAAGUAAUUGCUGAUUUGAAGGCCGCUGGUGCAUCCACAAUUCAGUUUGAUGAGCCCGUCUUGGUUAUGGAUCUUGAAUCCCAUCAAUUGGAAGCAUUCGUUAAGGCUUACUCCGAAUUGGAGUCAUCUCUUGCUGGCUUCCAUGUUAUUGUUGAGACCUACUUUGCUGAUGUUCCAGAAGAGGCAUACAAGGUCCUCACCUCCUUGAAAGCAGUUUCAGGCUUUGGUUUUGAUUUGGUCCGUGGAACCAAAACUCUUGACCUUAUCAAGGCUGGAUUCCCUGCUGGCAAGUUCCUCUAUGCUGGAGUUGUUGACGGAAGGAACAUCUGGGCCAAUGAUCUCGCUGGAUCUCUCACCACCUUGAAGGAACUUGAGGGCAUUGUUGGAAAAGACAAGCUUGUUGUCUCCUCAUCUUGCUCUCUUCUCCACACUGCCGUGGAUCUUGUUAAUGAGCCUAAGUUGGACAAGGAAAUUAAGUCUUGGCUUGCAUUUGCUGCUCAAAAGGUUGUUGAAGUUAAUGCAUUGGCCAAAGCUUUGGCUGGACAGAAGGAUGAGGAAUUUUUCUCUGCCAAUGCUGCUGCUCAGGCUUCCCGAAAGUCCUCCCCCAGGGUGACAAAUGAGGCUGUUCAGAAGGCUGCUGCUGCUUUGAGGGGAUCUGACCACCGUCGUGCCACAAAUGUUAGUGCUAGACUUGAAGCUCAGCAAAAGAAGCUCAGUCUUCCCCUUCUUCCUACAACAACCAUUGGAUCUUUCCCUCAGACUUUGGAGUUGAGGAGAGUUCGCCGUGAGUACAAGGCCAAGAAGAUUACCGAGGAGGAAUAUAUUACUGCCAUCAAGGCUGAAAUCAAGAAGGUGGUUGAUCUCCAGGAGGAUCUUGACAUUGAUGUCCUGGUUCACGGUGAACCUGAGAGAAACGAUAUGGUUGAGUACUUCGGUGAGCAGCUUUCUGGGUUUGCAUUCACCGCCAACGGUUGGGUGCAAUCUUAUGGAUCUCGCUGUGUGAAGCCCCCAAUCAUCUAUGGUGAUGUGAGUCGCCCAAAGCCCAUGACCGUUUUCUGGUCCACUGCUGCUCAGAGCAUGACCAAGCGCCCAAUGAAGGGAAUGCUUACUGGCCCUGUCACCAUUCUCAACUGGUCCUUUGUCCGUAAUGACCAGCCCAGAUUUGAAACAUGCUACCAGAUUGCUUUGGCUAUCAAGGAUGAAGUAGAAGAUCUUGAGAAGGCCGGUAUCACUGUCAUUCAGAUUGAUGAAGCUGCUUUGAGAGAAGGUUUGCCUUUGAGGAAGGCUGAACAUGCAUUCUACUUGGAUUGGGCUGUCCACUCUUUCAGAAUUACCAACGUCGGCGUUGAAGACACAACCCAGGUUCUUUCUUCUACCUAUUUGACCCCCAAUUUGUGUUUAUAAAUGCAAUCCUCUAGUUUCAGUAUUUUGAUGAGUUUGUGUUUUGCAUACUACAGAUCCACACUCACAUGUGCUACUCCAACUUCAACGACAUCAUCCAAUCCAUCAUCGACAUGGACGCUGAUGUGAUCACCAUUGAGAACUCCCGAUCAGAUGAGAAGCUCCUCUCUGUUUUCCGUGAGGGAGUCAAGUACGGUGCUGGAAUCGGACCUGGUGUCUACGACAUCCACUCCCCAAGAAUACCGUCAACCGAGGAGAUUGCUGACCGAGUGAAGAAGAUGCUUGCUGUGCUUGACACCAACAUCUUGUGGGUCAACCCUGACUGUGGUUUGAAGACCCGUAAGUACACAGAAGUGAAGCCAGCCCUCCAACACAUGGUGGUAGCCGCCAAGCUCAUCCGUGCCGAGCUCGCCAGCGCCAAAUGAAGAUGUCAAGAAAGGGUGAUACCCGGGCUUUAAUACUUAAUUCAUUGUUUGCUUCACAACAUUUGAAAGAAAUAUCCUAUUUUGCUUUCAAUAACACUUGUGGUUUACUGAAAAUGUCGUCAAAUUAGGUGUAGUAGUUGGCCCUGCCCGACUGGGGUUGGUCAUUUUUACUUUGUUUGUUUCAAAUUUUUGGUUUAAAUCCCAUGUUUUGGUUCCCUCUUCAUCAUAUAUGUUUACUUUUUAAACAAGUACUGCCUACUAGAGAGUAGCCCACGGCCCCCUACUUAUAUAUACCCAAAGGAAUUUGAAGUGCUUUUUUAUACAAUCGGUUGUUUCGGGUUCAUUCAUCUUGUCUUGUCACUCUUUCGAACAUUUAUAACGGGAGAAUUUAUGUUACUACCGGAUCCAAUUUAAUCUUAAAACAACACCUUAAAAUCAAACUUCAGGGAAAAAUCAUCAUUUUGCCUGUCUUCAUGAAGAAAAUUAAUGUUAGCAUGUUUAGCAAUUGCCACUGUCACUUCAAUAAUGAGCUCAACGAGAC